CGGUUCUACUCCAGUCCGUGAGUCAGUCGUGGGGGUGGGGGAGGGGGGGCGCUCUGGGCUGGUGCGCUGCCGAGGACUGGUGUAAGAGACGGGUCAGUGUGGGGCCUUCGGCCUGUGCGGCCAACUAACCCGGUUGACGGUUUGAGGAGACCGCAGGGAUCGCCUUUCGCCGCCACGUCCAUCUCUGCACCUCGGGAGCGACUAGCAUCAAUCGGGAGAGCCUCCUUCAUCCUCCUCCUCUCCCUCUUUUCCUUCCUCCGGGCUGGGGCUUUUCGGUCGGUGCCUCUCCUCGCGCGAGGUCCAGCCAUGUCCGGGCUGCUGGGGAAGUUGUUCGGGAUCGGCCCGGAGAAAGGCGGCGGGAAGGGCCCUUCCCCUCAGGAGGCCAUCCAGAGGCUUAAAGAGACCGAGGACAUGCUGAGUAAGAAGCAGGAGUUCCUGGAAGAGAAGAUCGAACAGGAGCUCUUGGCGGCCCGCAAACACGGCACCAAGAACAAGCGCGCUGCACUCCAAGCUCUAAAACGAAAGAAGAGAUACGAAAAGCAACUUGCUCAAAUAGAUGGCACACUCUCCACAAUUGAAUUCCAGAGGGAAGCCUUGGAAAAUGCUAACACCAACACUGAAGUGCUCAAGAAUAUGGGGUUUGCCGCAAAAGCAAUGAAAGCUGCUCAUGAUAAUAUGGAUAUUGACAAAGUAGAUGAACUCAUGCAAGAUAUUGCAGAACAGCAAGAGUUAGCUGAUGAAAUUUCAACUGCUAUCUCCAAGCCUGUAGGAAUUGGUGAAGAAUUUGAUGACGAUGAGCUGAUGGCUGAAUUAGAAGAACUGGAGCAGGAAGAACUGGAUAAAAAUCUGUUGGAAAUCAGUGGUCCAGAGAAUGUCCCACUACCCAAUGUGCCCUCUAUAGCUAUACCUUCAAAGCCUGCUAAGAAAAAAGAAGAGGAAGAGGAUGAUGACAUGAAAGAGCUUGAAGCCUGGGCUGAAAACAUGUAACUGUACCAGCAGUGAGCUGGAUAAAUAAUUGGGACUGGUCACCUAUUGCUAAAGGUGCACAUAUACUUGGGAGACUUCAUUAAGCGCAAAGUCUUUUAUUUGUUUAAGCCCCAAACUAGGAAUUACAUUCUACAGAGCAUGAUUUGAACAAAGUAAGCAAAAGUUUCCAAGGAGGGCACCUGUAUUAUAGAAUGUUAAAUUACUUUAAAUAAUAAAUGUUAUUGGCCAAAACCUAUAAUAUUCAGCUUCUGGACAGCUAAUGCUAUUGCUGGAUCCUCACUUUCAGAAUUCUGACUAUGUUGAGACUUGGGAUGUGAAAGUGGUAACUAAGUUGAAUGAAAUUUUUAGUAGUCUUGUAAAGCAUUACAAAAUGAAAACUCGUAAGCCAUUAUUGGCUUACUGUGUUUAGAUGUACAAUUGCAUUAGGCUUUAGUACUUUAAAGUCUGUAUAUUAUAUACAGUGCAUACUGUGUAUAAUAUAUACUUAUAUAAUGUAUAUUUAUAUUGGCAACAUUGAAAUGCCUCUCAUCAUGACUUGGUCACUUUCCCCAUUUUAAUUGGUGAAGUGGGUUUGAAAUGAUAAAUUAUUUUGUUAUGGAAAUAAAUUAAAUUUACACUUCUGUUCUCGCUGUACAUUUUUCUAUAUAGCAUUUGGAUGUUUGCUAUUUGUGACAACCGAUAGCCCAUGCAGAAACAAACAUACAUUUAUUUUAAAUAUGAAUGCACUGUAUUAAACUAAUUUUCAUACUGUCUGAAUGAUGUGUUCAUUUGUGUAUAACAAAAGUUUAGAAAACAUUGGAUUUUCUUCCAGUUUAUUUCUUAGUUUUUCCUUCUCAUUCUCUCAAAAUCUGCCUUUGAGAUAGAAAUAUUGUACAGAUAUUCCAAAUAUCUCCCCACAAACUUUUUUCCUUUUGUUUUUUUUAUUUUUCAGAGGAAAUAAUCUAGAAACAAAUAUAUUUCAGAAUUAAGCAGUAUUGCUGGAAAAGUUUUGAAAUUCACCUAUUCUGGAUGGUUUACUGUGUUGAUUAUCUAACUUUUUUUCCAUGUGAGGUUUCGUAAUAAGGUCUAAGAGAAACUUGGUGUCAGAUCACAAACAAUUCCUUCAUAAUAAUAUAAUGAAAAAUUAAUUUUCAUUUUGCAUAUGCAUAUAUUUUACAGUUAUGUCAUUUUUUAUAUGAAACUGAGUGAAUGUUCACACACAUUUCAUAAAUGCAUUUAGUCUUUACCAAAGUGCUAUCAAAUCCCAAAGCGUCAUGCUUGAUCCUAAUGCUGGCGAAUUGUGCCAGUUUCUUUGUUCUCGACUACACCAGAACCUUAAUUGGAAACCUUUACUAAGCUAUAAAGCUAUAAUUGAACUGAUACUAUUCUCAUAGGUGGAAACAAAGGCAACAUUCCUUUGUUUUUAUUGGGAACAGCAUACAGUUUUUAAAAACCCUAAAACAGAUAAUUGCAUUCUUGGUAUCGCUAAGGAAGUAUUUGCAUACCAUCCAUGUCACAAUUGCAUUUGAGUAUGGUUCCCCAUAUUCAUCUCUAUGGUUUCUUUUAAUAAUUCUUCAGUGUUCUCAGGAUUGUGACCCCAUUUUCUCGAGAAAGAAGAUUAUGUACUAUUAUAUUGAAGUACUGCUUUCCUCCAUAUAUUUGCACCCCAUGGUGAAGGCGAAAUAGAAGUUACUGUGAUACUCUUGGGUUUCAAAGUAACUGCAAUUUUAUAUAGUUGUCUUGAAUAGAGACAUAAUGGCCUUGAGGGUAGCCGUAAUACAGUGCUGAUUUACCCAUUCUCAACAGCUGAUUCUUUGGUUCAUUUUCUCUAAUGUAGUUAUUGUAAUUCACUUUGUCAUUUAAGAUUAUCACCUCAUUGCUGACCCUAAAUGAACAGUCCUAACAGAGCUUGUGUGAGAUUUUUUUUAAUGAUCUUCAAAUCUAUAUGAAUUCUAAUUUAUAAAAUGGUUUAUACAUCUUGCUUCUAUGGAAUAAAGCAGAGAAUGACACACAGAUCUAGCUUUUACAGCUCUUCCUGCCACCAUGUUUUUUCCCCCUUCUGAUAAAGAUUCAGAUGGAUUUUUUUAAAUUAGAAAAGU